AUGAUGGAGACAGAAGAACAUGUUUGUGAUAAAUGUGGGCAGAACUUUUCAGAUACGUCCACCUUCAUCUCCCACUGUUGUCCAAACCUGCAUCCAGCUCCGUCCCACGGAACCCAGCCGGACAUCUAUAGAUGCUCUGGAUGCAGUCAGAGUUUUUCCAAACCGGCUGCUCUGAAAAAACACUUUAAAGCCAACCACAGGGAGCAGAACACAGAGGGCCCGUUCCCCUGCAGCGAGGAAGGCUGCCAGUUCAGCAGUAAAGACCGUCUGGAGAACCAGAACCACCUGACCUCCGUUCACGGCCUGAAUUUGAUCUGCUGCACCAGCCGCUCCUGUAAAAUGUCCUUCCUCACGCAGGGAGAGAUGGAAAGCCACCGCAGGAGCCACAUGCCGUUCGGCUGUUUCUACUGCCAGUUUGUUUCUCAGGAUGUGAAACAGCUCAGGACUCACAUGUUGAAUCACAAACAUGUGGAAAACACCCAUCCAGGGAGUCUGACUGAAUCACCAGCAGGGAAACAACCAGGAGCAGCCGUGGAGAAGGACAGCUCCACUGCUGCAUGUCCGGCACCAUCUACUGCAUACCUUUCUGAGGGGUCUGAGGAGAUGUAUCGCACCCACGCCUGUCCCAAAUGUCGGCGCUGCUUCAAGAUGCGCUCCCACCUCCAGGAGCACCUACGGUUACAUUUCCCUGAUCCCAGCCUCCAGUGUCCGACCUGUGAUCGUUAUUUCACCAGCAAGAGUAAGCUACGCAUACACCGCCUCCGAGAGGCCGGGGAGAAGAUCCACCGCUGCCAUCUAUGCGAUUAUUCUGCUGUGGAGAGAAACGCCAUCCGCCGCCAUGUGGCAAGCGUGCAUCCUGACGAGGCGGGGGAGACUGCAAGCAAUCCGAGUUUCCCGUGUCCCUCCUGCAGCCAAAGCUUUCCCCACAGCAGGGCCCUGAAGGCUCACAUGAAGACACACUUGUCAGACGGUGCAAUGAUGGCGUGUUUCCAGGAAGGCUGCUCUUUCCAGAGCUCCCAGUGCAAAGACCUGGUUAAACACGCCGCUGAGGAGCACGGGGUCAAAGCCGCAGAGUGUCGUCAUCACGCCUGCAGCGCCGUCUUCAAAUGCGAAGCAGACAUGGAGGAUCAUUACCGGACCCACCUGGCCUAUCACUGCUCAGAGUGCGACUUCUCCUGCUCCAAUAAGACGGUCUUCCUCCAGCACCGACGGCUGGGUCACACCGGCCAAGAAAAGCUCUGCUGUGACUUUUGCCCCUUCGUCACCUUUAACCCCGUGGAGUUCAAGCAGCACGUGGGACAUUUGCACGCCAGCGAGAAGAUCCACCGCUGCUCUCAGUGCAGCUACGUCACCUCGCACAAACGCGGCCUGAAGCGACACAUCCUUAUGCACAGCAGUGAGAAGCCUCACAAGUGCAGCCAGUGUGAGUUCAGAUGCAGGGACGAGUCCUACCUGUCCAAACACAUGCUCGUCCACGCAGAUGAAAAGAACUUCAUGUGUGCUGAAUGUGGAUACGUCACCAAGUGGAAGCAUUAUCUCACCGUUCAUAUGAGGAAACAUGCUGGAGACCUCAGAUAUUCAUGUGAUCAGUGCUCCUACCGAUGUCACCGAAUGGACCAGCUUAAGAGCCAUAAACUACGGCAUCAGGCUAAGUCACUCAUGUGUGAAAUCUGCGCUUAUGCCUGCAAGCGCAAGUAUGAGCUCCGCAACCACAUGUCGGUCAAACAUUCUGGAGAGGAGAAGAAGUCGUCUGCAUACAAGUGCAAAUACUGCACGUAUUCCACACGCUACCGGCAGGCACUUCAAAACCACGAGAACUGCAAACAUACCAAGUUGAAGAAAUUUUACUGUGCCCUCUGUGUCUACUCAUCCUACAGCAGUGUCAGCCUUUUCCUGCACAAGAAGAAAGCCCAUGGCUACGUACCAGGAGAUACGGCAUGGCUAGAGAGUUAUGCAGCGAAGGAGAAGGAGAGGAAUUCUGCAGCGUUUGUGGAUGACUUUUACCGUAAAUCCUCAGUGGGUCACGAGGAGUCUGAACAACCUGCUUCUGGUACACAGAAGAACCAAUCGGAGAACGAUCUCUGCCUAGAAAGCUCCUUUGCCUCACAAGCUGAUGAAUCUGGUUUUGACUUUGCGUCCCAAGAAGUUGGUCAUGAAGCAGUUUCAGAAAGAUCCAUCAGUAGUCCGGAGCAGUACUGUACCCUGGUGUUAACCACUCUGACAACUGGUGAAGACCAAAGCACAGCUUUACAAAGCCAGGAUGAAAACCUCAGAAACACACCACCUUUGAAAUCCACAAACCCUGGCUCAUCACAAGAGACCUUAGACCUUAAAAACUCGCUGGAGGAAAUGCAACAUAGACCUUUUGAGCAAAGCGACUUAGAAGAUGAAAGUGAGCCUUUAACCAGUCUGAGUCAAGCUGAUGAGACUGUGGACCAUCGAAUGCACCCACCUGACGGAGUUAGUAAUGCAACAAUUGGUUCUGCUUCUCCUUCUGGGGAGAACCAGCCCUCACACUCUGAGGUCCGACUAAAAACUCUGAGGAAACACGACAAGGACCAAGCAGAAGCCAUGGUCUUAGAGGGACGAGUCCAGAUGCUUGCAGUGCCAUCUCAACAUGUUUAUGGCUGUGACAAAUGCUCCUAUGUAACCAGCAGGGAGUCGACUUUGGAAUACCACCGCAGAGCUCUGUGCCAGAGCCGUAUAAAGAGACACGAGUGCCGGUCCUGUGGGGAGCAGUUCAAACAGAGGCGCGGGCUGGACUACCACCUGAAAAAGAAGCACCCAGUAGCUUCGCACAACACAAGAGCAUCUGUUGGCAGCUCAAGUGUGCCUCAAAGUUCAUUGGGAAAUUCUGGUGCGGCUCGAGGAGAAUCGAGACAAGCUCAAAAGGAAACAAACUCGAAUCAGAUGGAAGUUCUGUCGACUGCAAAUGAGAUGUCGACGGUGCUGAAACAUCUAGGACAAACAGCGUGCACCUCCGAAAACAAAGCAGACUCCGUUACAGAAGAUCAGGCAAGUGUAACCCAGGCAGAUAAGCCUACAGAUGUACAAAUUCUGGAGGAAAUAUCAACUAAAAGACCAAAAUUAUCACAGGCUGAAACUCUUUAUGAUAGAACAGAUGGUAAAUUGAACUGUAAGUUAUGCAGUUUUUCUGCAACCAAGCUGCCAACAAUAAGAAGGCACAUAUUGACCUGCCAAGGGACUUUUGAUCAGGCCGCUUCAGAAAUAGAAAAUAAAGGGAGCGAAAAGUUGAAAAGCGCAGAAGACUAUAUGAAUAAUAGUAACAGGGGUUCUUCAGGGGAGCAACCAAACUCUGGAUUCAGACGAAGUCAGAGAAUUGCUUCAGACAAUCAAGAGAAGAAAGAAUCUAUGAAUCCAGGUGAAGUCCAGAGUUCCAUCUGCUCUUUAUUGACCAAAUCCAAACGUUCUUUGAACCGUCUCAUACUUUCCGAUCAUAAGGAAGGAAAGUCUCAGGGUCCAGCUCCGAAACGUUUGCAUUGCCAGGAUUGCAAGUUCAGCUGCAGGCAACAACGCUGCAUGGAGCAGCAUAUCUCACGCAAACACAAAGUUGCUCGACGGCAUCGUUGCACCUAUUGUUCCUUCAGCACCUUGAGGCGCUACCGCUUAGAGGAGCACAAGUCUCUGCACACAGGGGUUGGCCGACACAGCUGCGACGUAUGCGACAAGACCUUUGGCGCAUUGGCCAAACUACGUCAGCACAAGAUACGCAUCCACGACAAGCAGCCGACACACUUCUGCCAACUGUGUGACUUCACCGGCUACGCUCCUGACGAUGUCAGACGGCAUAACCGCAGAUGUCACUCAGGGGAGUUGCGGCAUGUUUGCAGUCACUGCAAUGCUCGUUUUAGUUCCGAGAUUGCUUUGCGAAACCACUGCAAACGGGUACACAAACUUCAGGUUUGUUUUUCAUGCAAGAAAUGUGACUUUACAUGUAGCAGUGAAGUGACACUGAAGCACCACCAGCAGAGCAGACACACUGAAGUGAAAUGCACUACCUGCCAGGAGGUGUUUCAGACUAAAGAAAGCCUUGACAUCCAUCAGAGGACCCACCUGCCACACCAUUGUCAGCUUUGCUCCUUUGCAGCCAAAACAAGGCAGCUGUUGGCUCAACACCUUCUGAGCGAACAUGAGGAGGGUUCCUCGGAGGACAAGCCUCUCAGGUGCAGCACAUGCAAGUUUACUUGUCGGCAUCAGCUGGUGUUGGAGCAGCACCUCCGUUCACACGGGAGCAAACGCAUGUACAAAUGCACAGACUGUGAGUAUGCAACCAGAAACAAGCAGAAGAUCACCUGGCACAUCCGCAUUCACACUGGGGAGAAACCCUACAGCUGUGAGCAGUGUGCCUACACCUGCUCUGACCCAUCUAGGCUGAAGCUGCAUAUGAGAGUUCAUCAAGACGAGAAGAUGUACCUUUGUCCAGAGUGUGGAUACAAAUGCAAGUGGGCGACCCAGCUGAAGUAUCACAUGACAAAGCACACAGGGGAGAAACCGUAUGCCUGUGACAAGUGCGAGUAUCGGACCAACAGAUCAGAUGCUUUGCGCUCACACCGGGACACCCAGCACUGUGAUGUCCGUCCUUACGUCUGCGAGAAGUGUGGCAAAGCCUUCAAAACAAGCUUCAUCCUGAAGACCCACCAGAAGAAGCACGCGGAAGAUCGGUCGUACUCGUGUGGAUUGUGCCAGAAAUCCUUCCGGUGGCCGGCGGGGCUCCGACAUCACUUCCUGUCCCACACGGAGCAGAGACCUUUCUCCUGCUGCCACUGCUCCUACAGAGCCAAGCAGAGGUUCCAGGUGGUCAAACAUCUCCAGAGGCACCAUCCUGGGGAGUCUGUGGAACAGGGUGUGCUGAGGGACUCUGAAGGUGGUGUCCUCACCCUGAAGGAGGCGCUGGACGGGGCGCUGCGCACAGGAGCUGUACGAGGAUCCAUCAACCAGCAGCCCCCUCCAACUAAUGAAGAAGUUUGUGUGUCUGAAGAAGUUUUGGCAGCAAAGCAAAACACAGAAACUCCAUAAAGAUACUGAGAUCUAUGAACAUUCAUUUAGCCGCUCUUGGUUCCAUCUGAGUAAUAACUGUUUCUGUAUUUUUCUGUAUUUAUCAGAUGCUUUUAUCUAAAGUGACUUACGAAGCAGGCAUUAGCGUCAAGGGUCUUGCCCAAGGACCCACACUGGCAGCUCAUUCCCCCCAGCGGGAAUUCGAACCCGGGCCCCCUGUGUGCAAGUUGGCUUACUUUUUUAAAAUGUUUUAUUAGAUCAACAUAAAUCAAAGCACAGAAUACAUUUAAACAGUUAAUGUACCAACCCAAAAGCCUCUCUCCGACACAUUGAAAUUCAUUUACCCACAUUGAAUGAAUUCGUUCAUCCACAAGUUACAUUUUCAGAAAAACGUUUGAGAACUUUCCAUCCGUUUCUGUUUUCUGGCUUUAUUAUUGUUAUAUGGUUGAAACCUUAUAAUUUUCUAAAGUAAAAAAAAUGCUAAAUAAAUGUUUUAAAGAAAU